UACGAUUCCCAGAACCACGAUCUUUCCUGCAUGACGUCAUGUUGCACGGAUGAAAACAGUCGCUGAUGAUACUAUUAAUUCAAUGCAAAAGACAGAUUGCGUUUACAAGAGUGAUAGAUAUAUUCAUCGAUUCUGUGCCAAAAAAGAAAGCACGUCAUCUGCGUGCUGCUGUAAUACGUGCAUUAGAUCAAUGGCGUCAUCAGAGUGGCGUCUGUGUUUAAAGCUGGUGGAUCAACCAUCUCUUCCCAAGUCGGUGCUGCAGUUUCCAGAGACUGAACCUGGAGAUGUUCCUCCCGGGGGGUAUCGGGUCUCCACUCUCAAGCAAUUGGUGUCAGCACAGAUCCCAGAUGCCAUACCAGAUCCUGAGCUCAUAGAAUUAGUGUACUGUGGUAGAAAGUUAAAGGAUGACUUGACUCUGGAGUCCUAUGGGAUUCAGUCUGGAUCCACUGUGCACAUCCUGAGAAGGUCAUGGCCAGAACCUGUGGUCCAUCCCGAGCCAGUGGACAAAGUCGCGGCUGCGAGGGAAUUUCGAGUCUUGCAAGCAGCUCUUCACACCAGCACUGCAUACAGAGAUUCGGUGUUUAAGAUGCUGAACAACAAGGAAUCCCUCGACCAGAUCAUCGUGGCAACUCCUGGGCUGAGCAGCGAUCCUGUGGCUCUUGGGGUUCUUCAAGACAAAGACCUUUUCAUACAAUUCACAGACCCAAGCAUGCUUGACACUUUGGCCAAUUCCCACCCGGCACUGGUAAAUGCCAUCAUCCUGGUGUUGCACUCGGUGGCUGGCAGUGUGCCGCCCCAGCAGAGCGCCAGCUCCUCCAGAAAUGUGUCUUCUAGCUCUUACAGUGACAUGCCAGGAGGUUUCCUCUUUGAAGGCAUGUCUGAUGAUGAGGAAGAUUUCCAGUCGGUGAAUCGUGGUGGGCCGUCCACUCUUGCGAGUGGUUUUGCCGGCAUGAGGCCAGCUACUCUCGGUUACAACGGAGCCGUCGGCCCCAGACCCAUCACUCAAAGUGAGCUGGCCACAGCUUUAGCCCUCGCCAGCACCCCCGAGAGCAGUGCUGUUACACCAACUACUGGAAACCAGGGUCCCUCUUCAGGAGUGUCCCCUAUUCCUGCAGGCACUCCUAUAACAAACGACCUGUUUAACCAGGCACUGCAGCAGGCCCUGCAGGUCUCCAGCAUGUCCAGCUUACAUAAUCAGUGGCAGUCGCAGCUCCAGCAGCUGCGGGACAUGGGCAUCCGUGAUGAGGAGCUCAUCCUGAGAGCCCUGCAGGCCACGGGCGGAGACAUCCAAGCGGCCCUGGAGCUCAUAUUCGCUGGAGGUGCACCAUGAGUCAGUUCUCUGAAGAAACAUUAUUAUGAUGUUCAAUAUUUUAACUACCUAUUUGAUAGUGUGAUUUAUCUUUAACUUAUAUUUAAGUUGUAUUUGUCAAUAUGUACAUUGAAUGUGGUGCUAUCAGCUGUUUUAAGAGUAGUUACUGUAAGUGUGGAAGCUGGUUUCCGCCAUGAAAAAUAACAA